GACCAACCCUAGAAGUGUUUAGAUUUUGUCUGAAAAAGGUCAACAGUGAAGGUCACACAAAUAUAACAAAAAAAAUCCCAUCUUUUACAUGGGGCAGCAUAAAAAAAUUCAUAUCUCACUGAAAUGUUAUCAAAAUCAUUUGAAAUUUGCCACACAUAUGUAGGGUGGCAAUGUCUAUCACCACACCAAAUUUCAUCUGGAUCUGAAAGCCAUCUAAAUUUAACAUUAACACCAUUUAACGCAUUUUUUCUACCAUAACUUGGCCUGUAAUGAAGACUGAACCCUGAAAUGUUCAUGUAAGAUGCACAGUAUUACUGCCCAUUAUAUCCCAAAUGAUGAUCCAGAUCAAGGAUUUUAGGACAUUUGGUGUUGUUCUGAAUCUCCUUUUUCACAAAGGACCUAUUUGUCUGAGUGAAUGUUGUGCCUUGGUGAAAGGUACUUGUGCAGUCUGCUCCUGUUCCAAAUGGCUCACUUCUUCAUGCCACUGUACUUGUGUGCAGAUGCACCUGCUGUAGUUUUUUUGUUUGUUUUAAAUGAUGUUUUUCAUUUAGUAUGUUUUAUGGGGUUUUGAAUUGCAUUCAUGAUUUAUUAUUUAGUACUGACUGAAGAGGGUGUUAUGAAUCUGUCUAUAUAAUAUACAUUGUUUACUGGAAACUUUGUUGUUGCACGUGUUGGCCAGGACACAUGCAAAGGAGAUUUUUUUAAUCUCAGUGAGGGUUUCCUGGUAAAAUAAUAGUUAAAUAAGUUUAAUAAAAUAUAUUAGGCUGCCCAGUAAGCCAUGAUAUUUGGCCAGGCUCACCCACCAACUUUCCUCCUAUGCCUGGAAACAAAAAAGGAAGAGCCUAAUAUAAGGAUAGACUAGUUUUGAAAAAUAGGGUGUGUUUGUUCCAGGAUUAAAUGACUGAAAAUGUGUGUUUUUGAAAAUUUGUACGCCCUCCUGCAUAAUAUCUAGGGACUUUGUGUCUUUACACUGUUAUUUUGAGCUCUGUUAAUAAAAGCAGCUGCUGGGUCUCUUGAGACAGUCCGGGUGUGGAGGGACAGAGGCUGAUCCGCCCCUUCCUCCCAGCAAAGCCGGGAAGCAUCUCAGCGGGCUGGGAGGCUGCUGGGCCAACAGACUGGGAUGGAGUCUGGUCCUCCAUCAACACGCACCUUCAUCUGUCUGUUCCGUGUGUGGCUGUAUUCCAUCUGCUUGUCGCAUAGCCUGUGUUACCGAGAGUGAAGCGAGCAGGUGAAGGUAGGAUGGCCCAAACCAGCAGCUCGUCCGUGGAACUCUGACAAUGGAUCCGACACCCCCGCAAACAGACAAAGACAGUGAGGUCCAUCUGAAGGGGCUAGACUGGGCUGGGUUGAAGUGCAUGCCACAGCACCCCAUGUGGGAUCUGCAGCGCCACUGUCCUGGCCCCACCACACACUUUCCUUCGUGGACGAUGGAGGGAGAGCCAUUCACCUCUGCUCUCCCCUCUGUGUUGUACUCUGCCGGGGGGCAUUUCAUUGCCCUCUCCUCCUCGUCUUCCUCCUCAUCCUCGACAGAUUCAGCCUUUGCUGCCGUGUCUUUGGAGCAAAAGACAACUUUUGCCUUGGUCGUAUUCCUCUUAGUUUUUCUCCUCAUCCUCAUACUGCGAUGCUUCCGUAUCCUGCUGGAUCCCUACCGGAGUAUGCCAACUUCCACCUGGGCUGAUGGCCUUGAUGGUCUGGAGAAGGGCCAGUUUGACUAUACUUUGACUUAGGGUUACAAAAUACACACAUCCAAGCACACUAGCAUAUGUUGAUGUAUAAAAACAAAAACACAACGCCAGCCUGUCCUUGUACUGUUCUGUUUCACGCUGCUGUUUUGUUUUUGUUUUAUUCUUACAUGCACAAAUAAACUAAAUGAGAACCAG